AUACACUUGUGGCAGUGAGGGGGUGAAAGCUGUUCACACAUUGCCUUAUAUAUGCAUCUAUUGCUAUGUCCAGAGUCUUAAACCUGUGAAGUAAUGGACCCCCAAAGAGUCUAAUUAGAGCACGACUCUCUUCAUUCUCAUUUUCUCUGCCUGAAGAAGAGAUUCCGGGCCCUGUGUGGAGAAAACUAAAGAGUGGAAGUGAAGGAGAAAACGAGAUGGGAACUCAUUCGGUGACUGGAUUGUUAAGUGUGCUGUGUUUGGCGUUGUUCUGGGGUUCACAGCUGAGCCAGGGCAGUGUGAGCUAUGACUGGAAGGCGAUUGUCAUCAAUGGCCAAAGAAGAAUCCUCUUCUCUGGUUCUAUUCACUACCCAAGAAGCACCCCUGAAAUGUGGGAAGAUCUGAUACAGAAAGCAAAAGAUGGGGGCUUGGAUGUGAUUGAAACCUAUGUUUUCUGGAAUGUUCAUGAGCCUUCACAGGGCAAUUACAAUUUUGAAGGAAGAUAUGAUCUGGUGAGAUUUAUAAAGACGGUGCAGAAAGCAGGACUUUAUGCCCAUGUCCGCAUUGGACCUUAUGUUUGUGCAGAAUGGAAUUUUGGAGGGUUUCCAGUUUGGCUCAAGUAUGUCCCAGGAAUCAGCUUCAGGACAGACAAUGAACCCUUCAAGAGGGCAAUGCAAGGGUUCACUGAGAAGAUUGUUGGACUGAUGAAGAGUCAUAAUUUGUUCGAGUCCCAGGGUGGCCCCAUUAUACUCUCGCAGAUUGAGAACGAGUAUGGAGCACAGAGUAAGUUACUCGGAGCUGCUGGGUAUAAUUAUAUGACAUGGGCUGCCAACAUGGCCAUUAAAACAGGAACUGGAGUUCCCUGGGUGAUGUGCAAAGAAGACGAUGCCCCAGAUCCAGUGAUAAACACAUGCAAUGGUUUUUACUGCGAUGCAUUCUCUCCCAACAAACCCUACAAGCCCACUAUGUGGACAGAAGCUUGGAGUGGCUGGUUUAAUGAAUUUGGUGGCCCAACUCAUCAGCGACCGGUUCAGGAUUUGGCUUUUGCAGUUGCCAGAUUUAUUCAGAAGGGAGGUUCCUUUGUUAAUUACUACAUGUAUCAUGGAGGAACCAAUUUUGGACGUUCAGCAGGAGGGCCUUUCCUUACUACCAGCUAUGACUAUGAUGCCCCUAUAGAUGAAUAUGGUUUGAUCAGGCAACCUAAGUAUGGACAUCUGAAGGAGCUUCAUAGGUCCAUUAAGAUGUGUGAGCAAGCUUUAGUUUCUGCUGAUCCUAUUGUAACUUCAAUGGGGAACUUCCAACAGGCUCAUGUAUUCACCACAGAAUCGGGAGGUUGUGCAGCUUUUCUCUCAAAUUAUGAUACAAAAUCUGCUGCUAGAGUGUUGUUCAAUAACAUGCACUAUAACUUACCUCCUUGGUCCAUCAGCAUCCUUCCUGAUUGCAGAAAUGUGGUGUUUAAUACCGCAAAGGUUGGAGUUCAAACAUCACAAAUGCAAAUGUUGCCAACAAACGCUCGAAUGUUCUCAUGGGAGAGUUAUGAUGAAGAUAUUUCUUCUCUGGAUGACAGUUCAACAUUCAAUGCUGAAGGUCUCUUGGAGCAAAUUAAUGUCACUAGGGAUGCUUCUGAUUAUUUGUGGUAUAUAACAAGUGUUGAUAUUGGUUCCUCUGAAUCGUUCCUGCGUGGAGAACUCCCAACUCUAAUUGUUCAAUCGAGUGGGCAUGCUGUGCAUGUCUUUAUUAAUGGACAGCUUUCAGGUUCCGCCUUUGGGACAAGGGAGAAUAGGAGAUUUACAUACACCGGCAAAGUCAACUUGAAUGCUGGAAAAAACAAAAUUGCAUUGCUGAGUGUUGCUGUUGGAUUGCCAAAUGUUGGAGGACACUAUGAAACAUGGAACACAGGUAUCCUUGGUCCUGUUGCCUUGCAUGGACUUGACCAGGGAAAAUGGGACUUGUCUUGGCAGAAAUGGACGUACCAGGUUGGGCUAAGAGGCGAGGCCAUGAAUCUUCUCUCUCCCACUAGUACCUCCUCAGUUGAAUGGAUGCAAGCUUCAUUAGUUGCUCAAAGACCGCAGCCGCUGACUUGGCAUAAAACAUAUUUCGAUGCACCUGAAGGAGAUGAGCCAUUGGCUUUGGACAUGGAGGGUAUGGGAAAAGGACAAAUAUGGAUUAAUGGACAGAGCAUUGGGAGGUAUUGGACUGCAUAUGCCAAAGGUGAUUGCAAUGGGUGCAGUUAUGCAGGGACAUUUAGACCUCCAAAGUGUCAACUGGGCUGUGGCCAGCCAACUCAGAGAUGGUAUCAUGUGCCUCGGUCAUGGCUGAAACCGACGCAAAACCUCUUGGUAAUUUUUGAGGAACUCGGAGGGAAUCCUUCAGGGAUUUCUCUUGUGAAGAGAUCAGUUUCCAGUGUUUGUGCUGAAGUCUCUGAGUACCACCCAACUAUCAAGAAUUGGCAAAUCGAAAGCUAUGGAAAACCAGAAGAGUUCCACAGCCCCAAGGUUCACCUGCGAUGUAGUCCAGGCCAGUCCAUUUCUUCCAUCAAGUUUGCAAGCUUUGGAACUCCUUUGGGAACAUGUGGGAGCUACCAGCAAGGACCGUGCCACGCUUCUACCUCAUAUGCUACUAUAGAGGAGAAAUGUAUCGGGAAGCAGCGAUGUGCAGUCACAAUAUCGAACACUAACUUCGGGCAAGACCCAUGUCCAAAUGUAUUGAAACGAUUGACAGUUGAAGCUGUUUGCGCCCCAACAGUCUCUACAACAGCGCAACCCAAUUGGAGGGGAUAAUCAUACCAAGGAGGGACACUUAACAUAAUGUUGCCACUAGUGAUUUAACUAUAUACGUAUCUGCAAGGAAGAAAGAAUACCAAAGAAUACAAGGAAAUCUUUUCUUCUUGGGUAGGUUGAAUGCAGUAGACCUCUCAAAUGGUGAGACUCUACGCCCCAGAAUGUUUGAUGCUUUAGGCAAUCAGUGAUUAAUUUAAGUUGGUUAGUGAAGUUAUGUGAAAUAGCAGUUGUUUAGCUAGGUUGAGUUUGUGAGUUCCUAGGGGCCUACAAUUCUGGACCCUGGGAAUGAUCUGAAUCCCCAGUCCCAGGCCUUUUAACCGGAUAUGGGAACUGGGUGAAGAGUUGCUGUCAAUUUGUGUGAUUUAUUUUCAUUUUGUGUCAAUGGGGGUAAAUUUAUAACCCCAGAGAGAGUCAUGUUCAAGUUGGGAGAGGAUCCUGGUGUGACCUUUGUGUUCUGUGCAGCUCUUGAUGGAAAGUAAUGAAGGUUCUUGUUCUGUUCCAUUU